AAAAGAGUCUCGCCGGCGUCCCCGCCCGCACACUCGCGCACACUCGCGCUCGGGCGCACACGGAACUGGCACGGGCGCCCGGAGCGAGCCAGCGAGCGGCGAGCCGGGGACCCCCCGCGCGGAGCCAGCCGAGGAGCCAGCGAGCCGCGCCCGCGACGACCUCCGCCCCCCGAGUCCCGCAGCCGCCCCCCGCCGGCCGGUGUCCCCGCCGUCCUCCCUGACCCAUGGCGCUGAAGCGGAUUCAGAAAGAAUUAAGUGAUCUACAGCGUGACCCACCCGCUCACUGCUCCGCCGGACCUGUGGGAGACGACUUGUUCCACUGGCAAGCAACUAUUAUGGGACCUCCUGAUAGCGCAUAUCAAGGCGGAGUCUUCUUUCUCACUGUACAUUUUCCAACAGACUAUCCUUUUAAACCACCAAAGAUUGCUUUCACAACAAAAAUUUAUCAUCCAAACAUAAACAGUAAUGGAAGUAUUUGUCUUGAUAUCCUGAGGUCACAAUGGUCACCAGCUCUGACUGUAUCAAAAGUUUUAUUGUCCAUAUGUUCUCUACUUUGUGAUCCUAAUCCAGAUGACCCCUUAGUACCAGAUAUUGCACAAAUCUAUAAAUCAGACAAAGAAAAAUACAACAGACACGCAAGAGAAUGGACUCAGAAAUAUGCAAUGUAAAAUAAAAAUAAAUUUCAUAUAUACCAGAGUACUGUAAAAUCUAGGUUUUUUUCAAUAUUAGCAGUAAAUUGAGCACUGUUUACUGUUUCAUUGUAUCAUGAAAUCCUUUGAUUUUUAUCCAUUUUAAAUGUAUUUCUGAAGCAAGACUAAACAAACUUCCAAAAAUACCCUUAAGACUGUGAUGAGAGUCUUUUUGUAUGCAUUGAGAAAGACAUUUAUUAUGGAUUUUAAGAUACUUGGACAUCUGCAUCUUCAGCUUACAAGAUCUACAAAACAUCUGAAAAGUAACCAAAUUAUUUUUUGCUGAAAUUAGAUGUUUUUACAUGAGAAAUACUGUAUGUGUUGUCUGUGUCGUCAGUUUUAUAAAUCUAUUCAGAUUUCAUUCUUUGUUAGCUCACUUUAUAAUUUGUAUUUUUUUACUGUAUAGACUAAAUAUAUUCUAUUUACAUGUAUGUCAACUCAUUACUUUUUUCCUGUGAACAGUAUUGAAAAAAACCGAACAGCUGAUAAUUAAAUGAAUUAACUGUCUGUCUCCCUUGUCUUAGGGUUUUCUGUGUAGAUCAAUUGCAGAUUUCUUAAACCUGAAUGAUCUUUACACUGUAAUUCUCAGUAUACUGAUUAUGGAGAAACACUUGUUUUGAUUUUGUUAUACUUGACUUAACUUUAUUGCAAUGUGAAUUAAUUGCACUGCUAAGUAGGAAGAUGUGUAACUUUUAUUUGUUGUUAUUCACAUUUGAAUUUUUUUCUGUAUAGGCAAUAUUAUAAUGACACCUUUUACAGAUCUUAAUGUAGCUUUUCCAUAUAAAUAAAAUGCUUUUUCUACUA